ACUCAGGAAGUUCUGCCUUUCCUUCUCCUUCCUUGUCUCCUGUAUUCCCCAAAAUUUCCCCUCCUCCUGUGCCCUCUCCGCCCCCCUCCUUUGGGGGCCCUGUGACCCUGAAUGUGGGGGGCACACUAUAUUCUACUACUUUGGAGACCCUGACACGCUUCCCAGACUCCAUGCUGGGGGCCAUGUUUAGGGCCGGCACCCCCAUAUCUGCCAAUGGCAAUCCCCAAGGAGGUGGCCACUACUUCAUCGACCGUGAUGGGAAGGCCUUUCGACACAUCCUCAAUUUCCUGCGACUGGGCAGACUGGACCUGCCCCUUGGGUAUGGAGAGACAGCACUUCUCAGGGCAGAAGCUGACUUCUACCAGAUCAGGCCUCUCUUGGAUGCCCUGAGAGAACUGGAGGCUUCUCAGGGGACGCCUGCACCCACGGCUGCCCUGCUUCACGCAGAUGUAGAUGUCAGCCCUCGCCUAGUACACUUCUCUGCUCGCAGGGGCCCGCACCACUACGAGUUAAGCUCUGUCCAGGUGGACACCUUCCGAGCCAACCUCUUCUGCACUGACCCAGAGUGUCUGGCUGCCAUGCAAGCCCGAUUUGGUGUGGCCAGUGGGGACAGGGCAGAGGGGGGCCCACAUUUCCACCUGGAGUGGGCCCCCCGCCCCACAGAACUCCCUGAGGCGGAGUAUGAGAGACUAGGGCUGCAACCAUUGUGGACUGGAGGGCCAGGAGAAAGGCGCCAGGUGGUGGGAACACCAAGCUUCCUGGAGGAGGUUCUCCGGGUGGCUCUGGAGCAUGGCUUCCGCCUCGAUUCUGUCUUCCCCGACCCUGAAGACCUGCUCAACUCCCGAUCUCUGCGCUUUGUUCGACAUUAAAGAUGUGGCUCUCGGUUUGCUUGUGGAGAAAAGACAGAAUGGGGUAGCUGGGGGGUAAGGACUCCCCUGAAGCCUCUUUCUAGUUCUAGUGUGGGAGCUAUGAGGGUCAGGAGGUCCACUACACCUGACUGGAGCCCAGAUAUGGGCUGGAAUUCCAGAACCUGAGCUCACUGAGGGCUCAAGAGUGAUCCAGGAGGUCUGGACUGGUGUUUAUCCUGGGGUGGGGUGGGGCAGUAAAGAUUCUCUUGGUUUGUUCUUGCUUGAGGCUGAAGACCUCCAUCCAGGGUGUCUGUUGAAGCUCAGUAUUAAGAGAUUUAGAAAAGUGGAAAACACAUCUAUGUCUAGCCUAGACCUGGCAGAACCCUGGAGGGACGCUGAGGUGUGGGGGAAAAAAGGUGUACUUUAGAUUACUUUAAUAUGGGGUCUCCUGGACUGUGGCCUUCCCUCCUAGAUCUGAGUGGCCUGGUGUGGACAAAGAGAACUCAGAACACUCUGGGACACAGGAGGGGAGCUUCUUUGGUGUCUCAAGCCACCUACUGAGGGGGCCAGCACAGCCUCCAUAGGUUGACAUACAAUCUAUAGGAGCAAGGCCCUGGGAGUGCCCUUCUGGAACUCCAGAUGUUUUAAACAAUUCUGUUUCGAAGGUGGGGCUGGCCACAGGGAGAAGUUGGUCUCUUUUGUGUGGCCUUCAUGUGUGUGCGCAUGUCAGCCAGUGUGUGUCUGACUAAUGGCAUCGCUCCUUGGCAUCUAAGUUUCCGUCUGUGUUGCUGACUACAGUGUCUACGUGAUGGUCCUUCUGUGAUCCCUGCAUGUCCAGGCGUGUUUGAUGUUGCCCAGCAACUGUUCUGGUCCAGGUUUAUCUGUGGUAUGAGUGUGAGUAGAUUGAGAUUUAGUUUAAUCAUAGGGCGUGUAUGUGUGUGCGUGUGUGUGUGUGUGUGUGUGUGUGUGUUUAUGUGCCUGCAAUCACCAUGUAGGCAGGAGGGGCCUAUUUGCAUUUGAGUCACUACAAUCUUCCUGUGAGAAGUAAAAGAAGUCACUCGGCCUAGCUGGGCCUCUGAGACCUGUAGGGAAUGCUUGGUUGCCUCAGCAACCAUGAGCCUGUUGCUAGGAGAUAGCUGGGGGAAGGCCCAAGGCUGCCCUGGGCAGACAGAAGAGAUGAACAGUUGGGGAGAGUGGGGGAGGAUAUGGGAAUGGAUGGAAUCUCUGAGUUCCUGAGUGGACAGGAUACACAUGCAUAAUUUCUUCACUGAAGGAGUUAUUCGUUAUUUAUCACCGAUUGUUACAAGAAGAAAAAUAAAAUGCUUU